AUCAAGUGCAAUAGCUGUGGAAAGCUCGUCGGGUAUAUUUACGAUGAUGGGGCGCCCAUGACGGAUAGUCCUGGUCAGUUCCAUAUGGGUCCGAGUCAGGUUGUGCCUAGAAACCCUAGUGCUUUUUUAAUACACAACAUCUGCAAGAAAAAUCUUGUGCAAAUCUUCCACAUACCAGAUCUUUGAUUAGAAGCACUUGAAAUGAAGCAGCCAAAACUCAAGGUCAGUCGACCGCCCAUACAGAUGCCACUGGUACCAAGGUUUCUUGUUAUGGGGAAAUGUAUGAUUAAGUCACCAAGUGUGACCAAGCAAGAGAUUGCUAAUUAUUGGAAGCAGAGGCGCAUGGUGGAGGAAGAUCAUCUUUCUGCUGCUAUAAAGGCUGCAGCUUGGAAAAGGGCACAAAAUCUCUCUGAGCAUGAUUACCAGCAAUUUGAAUACUCCUUGAAGGCGAAUGAUGAGUAUGAGAAGCAGAACAACAAAGGAAAUGGUGACAACAAAGAGAUACGGGUGGGAAUCAAGGACUGGUGGAUGAAGAGCGAAUAUUCAUACCUAAACCAGCCAACCAUAAACUUGGUGGAUAACUGUAGACGACGAUACUCCACUUAUACCCCCCAAAUCCUAUGUGACAAGUAUGAUCCCCAACUACAACAUUCAGAAUUUAAUCGAGGAUUUUACAUUGAUCAGAUGGCAUGAUUUUUCUACUAGGGAUGCUUUUAUGCUGAUGAAGCUUGCAUAUUUGAAUAUUAAUGUUCACAAGUGUUGUACAUAUAUGAAUUGCAUUUUAAUUGAAAUAGACAUGUCAAAAAUGGUUUUGGAUUAAUGUAAAGCAUGAACACUUAUGGGGUCGAGUACAUAUUACAAUGUAUUAGACAUUCGAUAACAACCAUUCUAAACAUAUAUGAUAUAUGCCUAUAUUUUUGUUUUCGUUUAAA